AUGCGAUUUCGACGCCUGACCCCUGGCUACUUCCGGGUACUACAGAUGCAGGUGGCCGGGCAGCUGAAGGUAGAGCCCCGGAGUCGGCUGAUUGGGGUUGUAGCUACACUGCUGGCUGUCCUUGGGCUAGGUGGCUCCUGCUACGCUGUAUGGAAGAUGGUAGGACAGCGGCAGCCGCCACAAGCGCCAUGA